AAAUACUUAACGAGUGUGUUUUGUUUACAGCAUUCGCGUGUGUGAUGCAGCGAUGUCAGCUGCGGUGAGGGCGGUGCUGCUCUGCACUUGCACACUGCUACUGCAGCACGCAAGCGCGGAGCUCAGAGGACGGUGUCCAGUGGAACAAAGUGCAUGUCCCCCGCGUGCGAUACCUUGUAUUUCGGACAACCAAUGCGGGGAGAAAAUAUGUUGCCAAACAAGUUGUGGCCAAGCUUGUGUCGACCCACUUUUCACAGGAUGUGAGAAUGUAAAAAUGUCUACGGAGAGGAUAUCUCGAGCCUUAGCUGCGGAGAACAGCCGUGGUGGCCGAGGCAGGCUGUCCCCUAUGAGGACUCCUCGCUGCAGGUUCACGGAUGGAGAAUUCGAGGAGAUCCAGUGUGAUAAUGAGAUUGUUAGCACCUGCUGGUGUGUUGAUGCUGCUGGAUUUGAGUUACCAGGAACAAGAGCUCCUGCAGCAAGUCUAGUCAACUGCACACGAGUGGCACCCUGCGCUGCACACACAUGUAGGAUGCUAUGUCCUUUAGGCUUCGAGCUGGACCAACGUGGAUGUCCGCUAUGCAAGUGUAGAGAUCCUUGUUCCACUGUCACUUGUCCAGGACAGCUGUCCUGUCAGCUAGAGGAAGCUCCUUGCCUUAAACCACCAUGUCCACCUAUACCUACAUGUAAACGAGGCCGUAGUCUAAUGAACCUGUGUCCUGUGGGAGAACCUCUGUUGAUUUCGGAGACCAGCAGACCUUUCCUAUGUGGUACUGACCCUGGGAAACCCAACUGCCCACCAUUGUAUCAAUGCCUUGUUGAAUCAGGAAAUGACUACGGCGUAUGUUGUCCAGCAUCUCUAGAGCUCCAAAAAGCAGGAACAUGUCCAGCACCCAGCAACGAGGGAUGUGGAACUCCUUGUGCCCACGACUUGGAAUGUCCUUCAAUGCAGAAAUGCUGUGAUGGUGGCGAAUGUGGCAAACAUUGCGUUCUACCAACUAACGUAACAAUGUGUACUCAGCAAAAGAUGUUAGCAGAACUGUUGGUUGUAAGUGAGAAAGAAGGCCGCGGAUACGUCCCACAGUGUGAUCCAGACGGAUCGUUUAUUUCAAGACAGUGCUCAAGAAAUGGAUUGGUUUGCUGGUGCGUUGAUGCAGAUGGUAACAAGCUUCGAGGAUCAAUGGGUCCAUCUACAUCAGUACAGUGUCCCUCAACUCCUCUACCUGUUCGGAUUGGGGCUCGGAGCCUAAAUUCCUGUGCAAGAGCACUGUGUGCUGCUGUGUGUGAAUACGGGUAUAAAACGGGAGCUGAUGGAUGUCCCACCUGUGAAUGUGACGACCCUUGCGCUGGAUUCCCUUGCCCAGAAGGCGAGGAAUGCAUCAGAGUUAAGGAAGCACAAUGCGCUGGAGACCUUUGUUCAGGAUAUCCAAUUUGUCGUCCAAAAGUAGCAUACGAGAAUCCAUGUGCGAUAGGUGUUCCGGUUUCUGAUGCAAGUGGUGCUCCAGAAGUGUGUCAGGCGGACACUGACUGUCCAGAAAGCCAUGUCUGUACAAAGUCUAGAAGCGGUGCUGUAGCUUGCUGUCCAGAUCCUCUCUCAAUCAGUAAUGCUACUGAACCUGAUGUUAUGGAGAUAAACUUCGAGCCCUGUGGUCCCGAGGUAGAAGCGGAAUGUGGCCUCAACUCUACAUUAUCUUGCGUCGAAGGUGACUGUGAUAACGACUUGAUGUGCUGUUCUACUGUCAACUGUGGCCCAGUGUGUGUAGAUCCUAUUAAAAUGAAACUACAAUCAGAAAGGGUGGACGAAUCACCUACAAUGUGCGAAUACCUCCGCGACUUUGAUGAAAAGAUGGAAGGCACGGUGGACGGUAUGAAGCUCGCCUUGCCAGCCCCGACUUGCAAGCCUGACGGGUCCUUUACAUCACAACAGUGCGCUAACGGCCGCUGUUGGUGCGUCGAUACCUUCGGCACGGAAAUUCCGGAGACUAGCACCAAUAAUGCUUCAGCUGUGGACUGUGAUGUUGUUCGUGCUAAUCUUUCCUGCUUGGAAAUGACAUGUAGAAUGGGUUGCGACUACGGAUUUGAGCUAGGCUCAGGACGCUGCCCAACAUGUCGAUGCCGCGAUCCUUGCGCAGGAGUGCAGUGUCCCGUCGGACGAUCCUGUGCAACUGUAGAUGUCGCUUGCGACGCCGAUUACUGUCCACCUGUGCCUGCAUGUCUUCCAAAGAAACCAGGACAGUGUCCUUACUUAGUGCCUUCAAAUGGUGCCUGUGAGUGGUCGUGUAGGACAGACGCAGAGUGCGGGCCUACUGAGAGAUGUUGCGCGACGGGUUGCGGAACCGCUUGCACGAAAGCUGUACACCAAACUGCUUGUCAGCAAAGAAGGGCGUUAGCUCUACAUACUGCGGCUGAGAGCGGCAGCCCACCAGCCUGGACAUGGAUACCUAAAUGCAAAGAGGAUGGUGCCUACGAACCUAUACAAUGCAGAGGGUCUGAUAAGGCCUGCUGGUGUGUCGACACUGCUGGUAAUGAGAUUCUUGGUACGCGAGUAACGAACUCCACACCAAACUGCGAUGCGCCUGUAAAGUGUCCCCAACCAGCUUGUGAUGUGGUGACAUGUGCCCAUGGCUGGGAGCUGGACAGCAAAGGAUGUCCUACCUGCGCCUGUAAGGAUCCUUGCGCCGAAGCCAAAUGCAGAAAUGAUGAGUCUUGCGAACUUGUACCUUUGGAGUGCGAGGGUAGUUCCUGCCCUCCACUAGCGCGCUGCACCCCUGCACCACAGUGUCCAGAUGGUCAUAAUCCACUUCAAGCUCCAGACGGCUCAGGGCCACUGUUAUGUGGGCCUAGUGCGGCGGCUUGUCCUUCCACCCAUGCCUGUCGGUUCGCUCCCCACGAUUCAACACCGUCUGUUUGCUGUCCCAAACCUCGCACGGUUUGUUUCGAGAACAAAGAUGAGGGCAGUUGCACAGAAGGUGAUGUUCUAAAUACAACAAGAUGGCACUUCAAUCACGCACGUAACCGUUGCGAGAGGUUCAAGUAUCAUGGAUGUUCCGGAAACCAUAACAACUUCAGGACAAAGGAGGAGUGCAACAAUGUUUGCCCUGUGGAAGGGGUAUCUACAAGAACGCAAAAUAAAAAAAGGAAGACAGGCCAGAUAUCGAAAGACGAAGUACUGAGCCCUUGCGAGAGACUACGUGAAAAGAACGAGGCAGCUGCCCUUAAGUACGGCAAAGGGACCUUUAUUCCAAAAUGCGACGGCAGUGGUGCUUGGGAGCCAGUUCAGUGUAUGUCACAUAUUGACGUGUGUUGGUGUGUGAGUGCACGCGGUGAACCUCUUAAGGGAUCUUUAGUACGUGGCGCCAAACCCUCGUGUAACUUCAGACAAGCACGCAAAUGGGUACCGCGAGACCCGCUCGACGAACGAGCUAGAGCUGACGAAGUACUAGAAGAACUCAUCAGACAAAUGACUGCUUAUAGAGUGGACGACUUCGAUGACGAUGAUGACGAUGACGUAGAAGAUGAUUUAGAACUCGAAGCUGAGGUUAGAGACGAGGAAUCUAUAGACAGAAUGCUACAACAGACGAAUGAAAAAGACGAACCCGUAGUAGUAUCGGAGAUCGUGGAACCAAAAUUAGCAGAAACAACAAGAAAAUUUGAGAAAAAUCUAGAAGUUAAUGUUGAUAAAUUGAUAUUUAAAACGAAGUGUCAGAUGAUGCAAGAAGAAAUCGAGAAUGGUGCAGACGGUAUGCGGCCACGUUGUUUAGAAAACGGCGAAUUCGCCCCACGGCAAUGCUCACGGGGCCGAUGCUGGUGUGUGGACGCCGCAGGACAGAGAAGGCAUCAUGCGGGAGUAAUCAACGAUGCCCCAGCACCUGAUCCGUGCGAGCAAACCCAAGUAGAAACAGCGAUAUUGGAGUUGGAGUUGGUGAAUGUAGAGCCGGCGAGGGCAGAAGUCUCGCGAGCAGCGCUAUCAGCGCGGCUGGCAGCACUGGGGGCACAUGUUCCUGUGCACAGCAGUCGCGAGCGCAACGCGUUACGCUUGAGAGCUGUGCUCAGCGGGCCACAUGCCGUCGACUAUAUCUACCAUAUUGAGAACAUGGUCAAACAAGAAAAACUAGCGGGUUACAAGAACACAAAUGAUGAAGUGAUACUGGGUGCUGACGUCAUACGAAGCGAGUACCGUCUAACCACACCCAACCGAUCUGCAAUGCAACAACGGGAAAUACUGAGCGAAUCCACUGUUUCCGCUACAACUUCAUAUCAUACUGCACUUAUAGUACUAGCUGCAACUUCAGCCUUCAUCAUCAGCGUGUUAUGUGUCCUUGUGAUGCUGUACCGCGCGAGAUUACAACGGGAACCACAAAAAGCCGAGCGGUUCCUGCCGGCCGCACCUCCCGUUUACGUCCUUUCCGCUGACGAGAAAGCGGAGCUAGCCAGAGUCUUACAUGCCCCUCCUCCUCCUGUCCCACCACUAAAUGAUGACCAAACAAGAGUAUAACUGUAGUCUUAAGACAAAAAUGCUUUAAAACUUUACUGUAGAACAUGGAUACGACCACUCAAAUUUCCCGCUAAAACUUAUUGUCACUGAUAGGGUUGCCAAGUAUUAAAUUCGUAGUUUAAAACACUUGGACUCAUGACAAUAAAGUUGUAAAGCCGGGAACAGACUUUCGCAGCACAUACGAAUUUAUCUGCUAGUUAUUGACUUCAAGUAUUAUGGUUCUAUUUACAUAAGAAACUUAUAAAAUUUACACAAUUAUAAAAUAAUUCUUAAGAAUACUAUCUAAAGUAGAACACUUGAUCUAUAAUGUGUUAAAAAUUUCGCUUUAGUUACGAACAGGUAGAACGAUAAUAUUAAUUUAAAGUAAGUCAUAUCUAUGUAGAAGUGGUAUUAUACAAUUGGUUACUUCAGUACUGUAAUAAACAUGGAUGGUUAAAAAAGCCUGCGUUACUCGUAUAAGAAGCAAUUGUAACGAUAGUACAGGUACUAAAGUAAUUAUAGGGUCCAAAAUAAUAUUGGCUAGAAUUUGAGUAACGUAUGUAGUUAUAUUCAAUUACUGCCUUAUCUCUGUAUUUAUGAUUUUAUAAAACUUUGUAGUUAUUCAGAUACAUUAAUUUUAAAUAAAGGAUUGGUGAGGUAAUUAAAACUUUAAUAAAUUUAAAUAUCUUUCUCCUAUUUGAAAUGUAAGUACAGAGAUAAGUUUAAAAAGGACAUUCUCUGAUGUCUACGGUCGACGUUAAAUAUUAGAGACUGAUAGGUGAUGGUCGCAUUCUCCUUAAAGAAUCUCUGAUAUAUCUUGGGAACUAUGUGGUAGUUACAAUAUUCUUUGUAAAUAAAAUAUACCUACGUAAACCAUAGAGAAAAAUUGUAACUAUCCCAAAGUAUCUUGUCAAAUUAAUGUAAGAAUCUUAAAAACUAUAACAUACUUACAUGUAAAGUGAAAAUAUUUAUCUCGAAAUGUAUCUUAUGUCAUAAUUUCUAGGAUUCUAAAGAAAUGUAUCUUGUUAUGUUUUAUAUUAGUGUAAGUAACUAUUAUUAAGUAAGCGCAGGGGCGCGCGUAAAUUAAUACUACGCGCGCCUUUACGCAUUCUUUAGUUCCUCUCGUUGAGUCUCGAUCUCCUUCACUUUAAUGACUUUAUACUUCGACACUAUUCUGCUUAAAACUAUAAUAAUUAUUAUCAACCACAUCUUGGAAACGAUGUGUAGGUAUGAAACAAGAACGUGACUCGACGUAGAACUAAUCUAGUCUGUUUUUAUUCAUGAUCCCUUUCAUCACAUCAUUUUAUUAUCAUCAAUUGUUUUUCUUUUGUAUUUGUAAAUAAGUUUAAAUAUUUAUUUAGGUUUCAUUUAUAACUUUUUCAUCACCCCGCGUACCUAUAUAAAUAUGCACAUUCCACGAAAUAUUUUUCUUUUCGUAGUUCAUACCUAAUUUUAAGCUAGACCACAGAUUUUUUGUUUUUAACCAUGAAGCUUAUAAGGCUUAUUUACAUAGUUACUCCUUAAUCAAAGCACACAUUUUGACAAUUUCGAAAUAAAAUGGAGA